ACCCGGCCUUUCACGGCCGGGUUUCCCGGUCGUCCUCUACAGGCCCACCGCGGCCCCUGCCGAUGUUAGUGGCGGCACUCCCGGCGGGACAGGCCCUGUGUCUCGGCCGCCGCCUGGGCGCGCGGCCGGCUCCGAGGCGUUAGUUCUCUCCCCUCGCCCCACCCUCUCUCUCCCCCUUCACGGAAACGACAGCUGCGGCGGCGGGACUGGCGCCACCUCCCUCCACCUACCACGUCUGCCCCCGCCACUCGCCCGGCGCCCCAGCCCGGCCGCGGCGCCUCAGCCUCCCCGCUAGGUCAGCCGGCGGCUCCGCCCGGCUGCCUCCCAGGAUGAACAUCAUGGACUUCAACGUGAAGAAGCUGGCGGCCGACGCGGGCACCUUCCUCAGUCGUGCAGUGCAGUUCACAGAAGAAAAGCUUGGCCAGGCAGAGAAGACAGAAUUGGAUGCUCACUUAGAGAACCUCCUUAGCAAAGCUGAAUGUACCAAAAUAUGGACAGAAAAAAUAAUGAAACAAACUGAAGUAUUAUUGCAGCCAAAUCCAAAUGCCAGGAUAGAAGAAUUUGUUUAUGAGAAACUGGAUAGAAAAGCUCCAAGUCGUAUAAACAACCCAGAACUUUUGGGACAAUAUAUGAUUGAUGCAGGGACUGAGUUUGGCCCUGGAACAGCUUAUGGUAAUGCCCUUAUUAAAUGUGGAGAAACACAAAAACGAAUUGGAACAGCAGACAGAGAGCUGAUUCAAACAUCAGCCUUAAAUUUUCUCACUCCUUUAAGAAACUUUAUAGAAGGAGAUUACAAAACAAUUGCUAAAGAAAGGAAACUAUUACAAAAUAAGAGGCUGGAUUUGGAUGCUGCAAAAACCAGACUAAAAAAGGCAAAAGCUGCAGAAACUAGAGCAUCACAACUAAACUCAGCACGCCUUGAAGGAGAUAACAUUAUGGUAAAUUUCUCUUACAUGCUCAACUUCCUGCAUGUAAAAUGGCUGAAGAUUUGGGCAGAGGAAGUGACAAAAUCUGAACAGGAAUUAAGAAUAACUCAAAGUGAAUUUGAUCGUCAAGCAGAGAUUACCAGACUUCUGCUAGAGGGAAUCAGCAGUACACAUGCCCAUCACCUCCGCUGUCUGAAUGACUUUGUAGAAGCCCAGAUGACUUACUACGCACAAUGUUACCAGUACAUGUUAGACCUCCAAAAGCAACUGGGAAGUUUUCCAUCCAUUUAUCAUUGUAACAACAACCAGACUUCUGUUGCACCUACACCAUCUGCUUCAUCAAACGUGAUUGGUUCUUCUACCUUGACUUCAACAAGUGGCCUUGUAAUCACUUCUCCUUCCAAUCUCACUGACCUUAAGGAGUGCAGUGGCAGCAGGAAGGCUAGGGUUCUGUAUGAUUAUGAUGCUGCAAACAGUACUGAAUUAUCACUUCUGGCAGAUGAGGUAAUCACUGUUUUCAGUGUCGUUGGAAUGGAUUCAGACUGGCUAAUGGGGGAAAGGGGAAACCAGAAGGGCAGGGUGCCAAUUACCUACUUAGAACUGCUCAAUUAAAUAGGUGGACUAUGAAAAGAUACACCGUAUUUAUAUACAAUUAACUCUUAAUAAAGCAGGUUUAAGUAUCUUUCAUGUUAAUGUCUUAAGAAACUGAAAAGAAAAUACUAGCCAUCAGAAACUGGCCUUUCUGCCAAUAAAAUUGCAUGGUAAAUAUUUCAUUACAGAAGUUAUGUUAAAGCUUUCAUGCCAAGAAUGUUUUCUUACAAAAUUGUCUUUCUACUGAGGUUUCACUAAUAAGUAGCUUCUACUUUUGAGCCCCAACUUAAAGCAGAACUGUUUUCUACUGAAUUUUUCAUUAAUGGCAAGCUUUUUCUUUUACGUAAAAUAAAUUUAUUGUGAAUUGA